UUUUUCCGGGAAAGCACAAAAAAAAUUCGAUUUGUUGGCGGCAGCUGCUGUUGACAGCGCGAGAGAGGUUUCUGAGGUGAUCAUGGCGCUCACUGGAAGUUUCUUUAAUAGAUUGAGAUCCCUGGCAGUUACUUUGGAGAAGGAGACAGAGCAAUUGGAGAAUGUGUUCACCCAAGAUGAGAGUGAUUAUGUGGAUGAAUCUCCAAUGCGAGUCUUGCACGAUUUGCGUUCAGAAAUAAAAGUGUUGAAGGGUGACAUUCAGACCACAAUUGAUAAGAAACAUUUGAAAGACCAAGAACUCAUGGCUUUUAUACGAGUAUGCAAAGUACUACAACAGAGAACAGCUUCAGAUAUUCAGCAGAUCAAGAAUAUAUUUCAGCAGUAUGGCUAUACUCCUCUCUCCAGUGGAGAUUCAGAGGGUGAAGUGUCAAAAGGAAAUCUAAAGUCCGAGAAUGAAGAACAGAGCUCCCAGGAGUCUGUGGACCUGCCUCCUUCGCCAGCACUUGAAAAGCAGUCAUGUUCUAGAGAUUUACUGCGCGUUCCCCAACUUUCAGACUUUGGUCUUUCUCACUAUCAACUUCCACCAGUAUGGUUCCCACAAAGUACUCAAUUCAACCCAAAGAAGUCAGCGGAGGAAGAAAAGAAACCUUUGUUCCGGGAAAUAGCCCCAGUUAAUGCGCCAAAGACUCCGAAGUGCGCCCUUAGGAUGGAAGAUGACUUUUCACAAAUUGUUAAUUUCGGCAUAUGUGAUGCCAGCACAAAUCUAAAUGAUGAUUACACAAUGGCGCUGAUCAGCAAGAAAGUACAGAAAAGGGAAAGAGUGCCUGAAGAAGAUGCUCCGGACUCUUGUUCUUCAGGAAAUCUGAAAACUCUUCUGGCAACUCCUUCCCACUUGUCUCAUCGGACCAAUUUUGACAGUGUGGACUCCCCAGUACCACCAGUGUUCUUCACACCAGGUUUGAAAGUGCACCAAAAAGAUACCUACAAAACCACGUCUAGGGUUGAUGCAAACCCCCUUCAGAAUGAAAAUGAUGGCGAAGCUUCUGAAGAGGACGCCAUGAAAGCAUCAGUGUCGGGAGACCUGAAAAGCAUCCUGUUUACACCUGGAUGUCGAGCUCCCAAAAGCAAUGCUGUCAACCAAAGCUCUCCAGUCGCACCAACGUUUUGCACACCAGGAUUAAAAGUCCAUAAGAAGGAAGUCACUUCUGGGUUUAUGGAGACUGCGGUGGCUUUAGAACCAACAAUGGUUAAUACCACUACCACUCCACCGUUACCAGCAUUUGAGGCAAACUGGCUGAAGAUUGAUACAGCGAACCAUCCACUGGACAUUACAGAACUUGUUCCAAGACCGGAAUUCUCCCACCAGCUGUACUUGCAAGAUGCUGCUCCUAUGGUCUUACAUUCUGAUAAAUAUUAUGAAAACCCAACUAAAAUAGCUUCUCCACCCAAGAUGAGGAAUCACCCCUUAGACACUCCUCCGAGACCAGACAUUACCUGCACUCUGACAGAAGAUCUCUUCAAGUAUAACAUAAAGCCGUCCUCCCCUCCCAGGAUUUCUGGGUAUGAGAAUCUCAUCUGGACUCCCACCCGCCCUGAAAUGACGUCCCGUGUAACAGACGACGUUUCGCAGAUCCUGUCCCAGUACUGCAACAAUAGGAUGAACACCUGUGACACGGCGUUCGAGAACAAACCAAGCAUCGCGGCCCCAAAAACCAACAUGCAAAGUAAAGAUAAAGAAAACAGAUUGUGAUGAAGAUUGUGUUGGCCUCUCAUGAACAAAACACCAAGAACCAAAUACAUAAUCCUCUGUUAUAACUAUUACUGCUGGGGUAGUUAUUUACACAAUAACCACAACACAUAUGUAUGGAGGGUGGGGUUAACUAUGUAAAAUGUCAUUUUGUAUAAUAUGUAUUUAACCUGUAAUACAGUAUUGGCAGUAUUAUCAUCCCUGGAUGGCAUAUUAAUUGUAUUGUAAUGCUUUGUAUUUCUCCGAGCAGUCUUAGUUUAUUGUUCUGGGUGUUUUAUAGAGAAUUGUUGUACCAGGGACAUAUUUAGCCCACAGGGGGAGAUCUACCAUAUGCCUUCAUAUUUUUGUUUAAUUAAAUCUGUGGCCGCCUGGCUUAUCUGUAAUGAGCACUUCUGAUGGCAUUUUCUGUGAAGCAUAGAUUUAUGGGUAUGAUGGUGAAAUGGUCAUGUUGGGCCUGGAGUGGACCAGCUUACUGUGACAGGCUGUUCAGCUGUGGACAGCAGUUAUAAAGAGACAUUCCACCUUGAUCCUUUGAGUAUUUAUAGGGGAAAAUAUACUUUUACAUAUAUCGUGAGUAGCUCCACAACACUACUUUUAUUCACCUCUGGAUGCUGAAAUUAUGUAGCCUACUGCAAUAAACAAAAAGUGCCCACA